AUGGGGCUCAAAUACGACAUCGCCCGGCAGUCAUCGACUACAUCCCCACAAGUAGUCGAUAACGACACCACCACCUGCCUCCGUUCCUCCCACCUGCCCGUCUCCUUCUCCUGGCCUGAAAGAAACCAUUACUUCCGGUUCAUACGAUUCUACCACUACCAACCCAUUGACAAGAUACCCAAGAAGGAAGAACUGAACAUCCUAGUUGAGAACAGCGCAGGGGCGGUCCCGUGUCAGGACGAACAGCGGAUUCGAUCCGGCUCCGUCAUCUUAGACGUGUACUGCACGCUGACCGACUUGAUCAGCAAGGUGACCCUCUCUGGACAGUUCAUUAACGGCUUGUGUACUGUGUACAUCAGUCCAGGUAGGAACCUUGCCAUACUUAGCAGCGUCAUCUCGCACAAGACCAUCAGAAAUCCUGCGAUUGUUGAUGGCAAUGUUGCGACAUGUUCGAGUUCGAAUUCCAAAGAGAAUCCAUUCUGGAAAGUUAUGUUCCGCACUCACGCGUACGCUAACUACUAUUACACAAUCUGGAACAAAGGUGACUUCACCUACUCCACCAGCAUUGUGUCCGGCAACGAAUCCAUCAUGGUCAGCGGCCGGGUAUUUCAUAAGCGCGAGAUCUUGCCCCUCCUAGUGACUGACCCCCAGAACCUCUACAAGCCAGUCACCCAACUCACACUGGAAGCUGAUGACAAGACCGCUAACAACAAGACUCUGGGCUUGUGUGAGUUGCGGGCCUUUGGAGACUGCGCCCCCAAUGCAUACGGCCUGGACUGUGAUUACAGAUGUCCAGAUAAAUGCGAGCAAUGCGAUGUGCAACUGACUUGUAUUGGCUGUAAGAAAGGAUACUUCGGACAGUAUUGUCAAUACAAAUGUAACAAAUGUGCCGGGGACACGUCUUGUGACAAGCUAACCGGGGUUUGUACGCACGGCUGUACACACAGAUACAGGGGAAACAACUGCAACCACUUCUGCAUAAACUGCAACGAACAAAACUCAUCGUGCGAACAAAUAAACGGGACGUGUUUGAAUGGUUGCCGGACGUCAUUCACGUCGCACUCUUGUUUAAAAAAUUGUCCAUAUUGUGAAGGCAAUGGAUCUUGUGAAAGGCACGACGAAUUCCACUGUAACUUUGGAUGUAUAUAUGGCGCUCGCGGUAAAAACUGCUAUGUGAGCGCGUUUGGUCUACAAAUCAUAACUCUACCAGUCUCCAUCUACUUCUUGUCGGUGGCAUUUUUCCUCAUCGCAAUCAUUUACUACGGCUGUCGGAGUCAGUCAGAGCUGGAGGUCGUCGAAGAGUAG